GCCUAUAAUACGUCGUACAAUUAUAGUAUAACAUGUUAUUUUACAAUAGGUGUUUCAUUCUGGCUGUAGUUUUCUUCUGGUUGAGUCGUAUAAAUUACAUAUCUUUCAAAUAUCGCCAAAUAUGAGAUAUACAAUGUUAGUGUUCGUUAUCUUAGGUUUGGUUGCUUCGGUCAGCUGUGUGUGUAACACGACGGCUGCUUGGACGUGCGCUUCCACUCUAGCGUCAGAGGUGAUAGACGCUGGGAUUGAUAACGCGAAAGUAUGUAGCGCAUACAGGAAAUAUAUAACUUGUAUGUCAAACGCAGAAUGCAGCAAUGAUAGUUCGUACACAACGUCAAUAAAGGCUGCCAACCUUGUGAUAAACGUAUCCUGCGGCGGAGCCAUGGUAACCGCUUCAGUUUUGACAAUGAUUCUCACUGUCUUCGCAAUGCUCUUCAAGUGAACAACUUUCUGUGUUUGGCAGCAUGAAUCACACUGUCUAUUCCUGAAGACGAUGAUCAAACAGAAAAAAAGUGAAAUUCAACCAGAAACAUUAUACAAAUAUUUAUUAACAUUUUCCGCCAAUAUUUUUAAGAGAGAGAGAGAGAGAGAGAGAGAGAGAGAGAGAGAGAGAGAGAGAGAGAGAGAGAGAGAGAGAGAGAGAGAGAGAGAGAGAGAGAGAGAGAGAGAGAGAGAGAGAGGUGGUGUGUUACACUGCCUUUUCCCCCCUUUUUUAAUAUGCUAUCGUGUUCUGACUAAGGACUCUUUAACUGCCUCUUGUUUUCAUAUAAAAGAUUUAAAAUGUCUGUGAUA